AUGUCGGCGCAUCCGGCACACGAACAGCGCGAGGCCAGCCAUAGCCACUUCCGGGACCGCAACUUCAUCAACCAGGGAAACGUUCAAGGGAAUAUUUACUAUGGUCUCCCCCACCCACCGGCCCGCGCCGGAGUCGUCCGCGUCAUCCCAUAUCCCCGCAACGAGGAUCUAGUCCGUCGCGGGGAUCUCAUCGACAGACUAGACAAGCUUUUGCCGCCAACGCCGGGAUCCCAUAGCGCCGCGCUCUGGGGCCUAGGGGGAUCAGGUAAGACGCAGAUUGCGCUCGACUAUGCGUAUCGACGAUGCGACGCGGACGAUGAAUGCCCCAUCUUCUGGGUGCAUACAGACAACGAAGCGACUUUCACAUCUGAUUAUAAGACGAUCGGAAAGAAGCUUGGGGUCGACGAGCGGCUUGAUGGGCCAGAUCUGCUCGAUGCGGUGCGCGAUGGGAUCGAAGCGCAGCGGAAAUGGCUAAUGGUCUUUGAUAAUGCUGAUGACCUGAAGUUAUUUGGGGUCGGUCGGCAAGAAAAAGGAGACGGGACGAAGGAGAACCAGAGCCUACGGAAAUACAUUCCUUGCGCGUCGCAAGGGACGGUCCUAUGGACGAGCCGAGACGCACAUAUCGCCGGUACGCUUGUCGGACCGCGUUGUGGCAUUGAGGUGCGAUCUAUGGCGAUGGACGAGGCGACGAUACUCCUGGCAAGAGUUCGAGACGAGCCGCCGAUUGUGGGUGAGGUAUCAGGGGGGGCAGGAGCGAACGCUCUCCUAGAAGAGCUGCAAUGCCUACCGCUGGCGAUCUCGCAAGCCGGGGCAUACAUGCGACGCAUGUCGAUGACGGCUGAGCAAUACCUGGCUCUCCUGAGGCAAGGUCAGACUCGAUGGGAAGUGCUGAAGAUAAGCGACGCGGACCGACAUCGACGGCCGGAGGUAUCGAACAGUGUGCUUGAGACGUGGAGGAUCUCGACGGAGCGGAUCCGGGUGGAGAGCGAGAUGUCGUACCGAAUACUACACGUGAUUGCGUAUGUAGACAGUCAAGACAUACCGCACGAACUGAUGACGGCCGCUGCCAGUCGAUGCACUACUUACAACAUUGGCGGAGAGACGUCCACGAGAUAUGCGACGGAGCUUAAGGUCUUGGAAGCGGCCACGCGACUAAAAGAGUUUUCUUUUCUUAGCCUGCGUCAGACGGAGGAUAGCGGGCGGAGCUACGAGAUGCAUAAGCUUAUGCAAGAAGCUAUUCGAUAUGGGCUGGGGGUAAGAGGCCCGAUGAAGACGACCGUGGGCAAGGCGCCCGGGGUAAAGAGCGGGCUGAAUAAACCGGAGAAGGGUGAAGCAUAUUAUUCCGGGAUGGCUCUGCAGGUAGUAGACGGCCUUUUUCCGCCAUCGGAACCGACUUCGUGGGGGCGAUGCGAGCAGUACAUGACGCAUGCCAUACGGGUAGGAGAGUGGGCGGAGGUGAGCGGGACUGAGAUUGAGACGUCGGCUUUACUUCAGAGAGUAUCGCAUUUUCUAUAUGAACGAGGACGAUGGAGGGAGAAGGAGCCGGUAGACGGUCGGGCGUUGGAUCUCCGACGAGAUGUGCUUGGGGAGAAGCAUCCUGAUACGAUCAGGAGCAUGGCGUCACUCGCGUCGACGUACCAUCAGCAGGGCCGAUAUGAUGAGGCUGAAAAGCUAAAGGAUGAAGCACUGGAUCUCCGACGAGAUGUGCUUGGGGAGAAGCAUCCAGAUACGAUCAGGAGCAUGGCGGAACUCGCGGCGACGUACCAUGCGCAGGGUCGAUAUGACGAGGAUGAAGAGAUCUCGGUCAAAGUACUGGAUCUCCGACGAGAUGUGCUUAGGGAGAAGCAUCCAAAUACGAUCGAGAGCAUGGCGGAACUCGCGACGACGUACCAUGCGCAGGGUCGAUAUGAUGAGGCUGAAAAGUUGAAGGAUGAAGCACUGGAUCUCCGACGAGAGGUGCUUGGGGAGAAGCAUCCAGAUACGAUCGAGAGCAUGGCGUCACUCGCGUCGACGUACCAUCAGCAGGGUCGAUAUGAUGAGGCUGAAAAGCUGAAGGAUGAAACACUGGAUCUCCGACGAGAUGUGCUUGGGGAGAAGCAUCCUGAUACGAUUGGGAGUAUGGCGGACCUCGCGGCGACGUACCAUGCGCAGGGCCGAUAUGACGAGGAUGAAGAGAUCUCGGUCAAAGUACUGGAUCUCCGACGAGAUGUGCUUGGGGAGAAGCAUCCAGAUACGAUCAGCAGCAUGGCGUCACUCGCGUCGACGUACCAUCAGCAGGGCCGAUAUGAUGAGGCUGAAAAGCUGAAGGAUGAAGCACUGGAUCUCCGACGAGAUGUGCUUUGGGAGAAGCAUCCUGAUACGAUCAGGAGCAUGGCGGACCUCGCGUCGACGUACCAUGCGCAGGGCCGAUAUGACGAGGCCGAAAAGUUGAAGGAUGAAGCACUAGAACUCCGACGAGAUGUGCUUGGGGAGAAACAUCCCGAUACGAUCAGCAGCAUGGCGUCACUCGCGACGACGUACUAUGCGCAGGGCCGGUAUGACGAGGAUGAAGAGAUCGCGGUGAAAGUAUUGGAUCUCCGACGAGAUGUGCUUAGGGAGAAGCAUCCAGAUACGAUCUGGAGCAUGGCGGACCUCGCGGCGACGUACCAUGCGCAGGGCCGACAUAACGAGGCUACAGAGAUCGUGGCCAAAGUACUAGAUCUCCGACGAGAUGUGCUUGGGGAGAAGCAUCCAGAUACGAUCUGGAGCAUGGCGGAACUCGCGACAACGUACCAUACACAGGGCCGAUAUGACGAGGCUGAAGGUAUUUACUUUGAAGUGUUGGAACUCCGACGAGAUGUGCUUGGGGAGAAACAUCCCGAUACGAUCAGCAGCAUGGCGUCACUCGCGACGACGUACUAUGCGCAGGGCCGGUAUGACGAGGAUGAAGAGAUCGCGGUGAAAGUAUUGGAUCUCCGACGAGAUGUGCUUGGGGAGAAGCAUCCAGAUACGAUCGACAGCAUGGCGGAUCUCGCGGCGACGUACCAUGGGCAGGGCCGAUAUGAUGAAGCCCUCCACCUUCAUCAAACCGCCUUGGAACUUCGCCGGCAUGUACUUGGAGAAAACCAUCCGGAUACCAUGCAGAGUAUGGCGUCCCUCGCCUCAACGCAGGAGGCGUUACAACAACUACCGUCUCUCGUGGAGUCAGUUCAAUCUUUGGCGGUCGCGCAAGUCGGCGGAUCGGGGGAAGAAGGGGAACCACGGCAUAGAUCGGUAUAG